UGCACCGAGAAUUACGUGCCUCUUGUGAACUUUCUCCCUCCCUCCCUCUCCUUUCUCCUCUAUUCUCAUCUCCAUCUGUGGUUAAAGAAAUUCAUUAUUCCGUCGUUGCAUAUCCGUUUCACCCGCCCCGUUCCUUCGCCCAUGCACAACACCCGGAUUCUCAUGAGCGCUGCCGUGCCCAGGUGCCGGCCUCCGCGUGCGCAGGCUGGGUCGCGCCGGCGUGGCCCACAUGCUGGCGACGAGCAAGCACCACAAGAACCGCGACGUGGACGAAAUCCUCCGGCUGGCGGUGAGCUCCUCGUCUGCCGGCGUGUAUGAGGACGAGGGCGCUUCCCAGGACUCGCUGGUGGACGUGGGCGCCAUGCCCUUCGGCCCGCGGGAUCGAAAACCCUUGGCGUGGGUGACGUGUCUGCAUUACGGCGCCCUGUCCGCUCUCAUGACGGAGCCGGAGCACCGACGGAGGGGCCUGGCUCGGCUGGUCAUGGAGGCGGCGGGGAGGAGCAUGGCCAGCCAGGGCUACGUCCCCCACGCCUAUGUGGAGAGAGAUAACGAAGCCUCCCUCAGGAUGUUUAGCAGGAUGGCCGGAUGGCGCAGAGUUCAUGACGCCAUCUUUAUGCAUACUUAGGGAGGGGAAUUUGUGUCUCUUUCUUUCUUAGCAAUUCCUCUCUCUC